CGAGCCGCGUGCUGAAGCGGAGGCUGCGUAGCGGUGCCCGUGUGUGCAUUUUUCGCAUGACGUGCGCAAAAGCGCCAGAGAGACAGCAGGGCCGCUGGAUUCGCCGGUGCUGACGCGCUGAGUGAACAGAAUCGUGUGGCACAGUGUUUCCCGCACCGCGACGUGCGGUUCAGUGCUCGAGCGCCCUCGAACUUUUUUGCCUUUCAUUAGGUUCUGACGCGUUCAAAAGGCUUCGGGGCGACUACUGGCAGCUGUUUGUGAUCGCUUGGCUCUGUGAAACAGAAACACGCUCGCGAGUCGUCACGUAUUUGCCUACUCGGCAGACAGUGCCUCUGAGAUGUUACUCCUGAUCUUUGUGCUACUUCUUCCAGUGUUCCUGCUUACCACCAACUCGCCAUACACUCCGAUUGAGUCAAGCCUCUCGAAUCCCCAGCCAAAAAGGGUCAGAUGCUACUACUUCAAGACGCGGCCGGUCCGUACCUACUGCCACGUCCUGGGCCUGACGGGCGUCGUCACGGCGCAAGCGGCCCAGAACGAAUGCCGGGCCAUAUCCAUGGACAUCAUCAGCAUGAAUACCACGCCCAUGCACCGGCUCUGCACUCUGAUGAAGCUCUUCGGUCUCGAGGAGCGCAAACUCUGGCUAGCCGACGUAUUGAACCAGUCUGGACCUCUAACAUGGGAUGAGUGCAACAUUGAAGUGCUAGCCGCAAAUGUAACAAAGGCACCUUCGAAUUGCACCAUCUGCAACAUAGCAGUCGUUUGCGAUGCUGGGUUCUACCAUGAGAGUGGAUCAAAUUGCGUCGUCGUAGAACAAGGCAAUGAUGACAUGGAAUAUUGCUAUUACGACGAGAAGGCAACCGUUGAGGAGAGUCGCAAGAGCUGCCUGUCGCAGUCACCGCAGUCGAUGCUUAUGAAUGUGCGGCUGCUGAACGAGCCACAGCUGGACUACGUAAGGCGUGUAAUGCGCACCGACUUGGAGUUCUGGGUUGACCUGAAAGAGGAAGACGUGAGAGAGUUGAGCGGCGUGGUUGCUUUCAACGCUGACAGCAUCGACUGGGGCUCGUCAUGCUUCACAGUGUGGUUUGGCCGUGACGUACCGUGGUUCUUCAAGCGAAACUGUGACGAGUUAUACCCAGUGGUAUGUGAAGACAGCACCAAAACUUGGAGUCUAAGAAAAGGUGGCUCGGCUAAUGAUUGUAUUUACCACAGGUCACAGUCCUGGAUGUUUGACUACUGUGUUCCGGAAGGCCGUACCUUUAACAUGGCCGCUGGCUCCCGGUUCUGCAGUAACCACUCCAUGCAUUUGUUGAAAGGAAGAACGCUGCACGAACUCUUUUUCGUCUACACACGCAUUGACAACCAGCCUAGGGAUGCGCUUGACAAGUUCCUCAUAUGGGAAGCAGGCAGCGUGUUCAUAGGGCGUACUACAUGCCGUCCUGUCAGCUUUUUAGCAUCUCCAAUUACAAGACCUGUACGAAGCUGCCAGGAAAAAUUGGGAUAUAUCUGUAGGCGGUCGAAGCCGCCGGAGACUCAUCGCUUCAACUGCGAAAAUGUGAGCAGGAUUCAAACGACCCGGCCUCCAACGUGCGAAAAUCAUUCUAAAUUGCCCUACGAAGAAAGCGUCAAGGCGUGCAGCGCAGUUGGUAUGAACCUGCUGCCAGAGGGUUUGGACAUAAACACUUACGAAAACCUACUGAUGGCCUACGGAAAUAGCAGGCUCCACUCUGAGGCAGCUGUGUACUGGCUUAGUUCUGCGAAAAGUGACAGCAACCACUGCAUGGCACUCGUUCACAACUAUACCGACUUUAUACUCGAUGGAAUAAACUGUUCCACGAAGCUACGUUCACUCUGUGUCUUUGCCAACAUUAUAACACUCCCGCCGAUUGUCGAAACUACGUCUAUUGCCGAAGCUACUGCCACUUCUCCUGCCACUAGCAAACCUAUUAGUAGCCGUUCUCCUGUUCCUGGACCCAGAACUGACUGUCCAUCAAUAGAUGAUUGGCCAUCCACCGAGAGAGGAUCAACGGCCCGUAAGCCUUGCUGUGCAGACUGCUUAAGAGAUAUCACGAGAAAGUGUGAAGAAAAUGGCCAAUGGUCGGAGUACGUAAACAAAACUAGCUGCGUGUCAAAGGAAGUUGAAGGAGCAGCCACGAAACUCAAUAACAGCGCGAACAUCACCGAAGUGACCCAGAUUUUUCAGGAGCUAAACGGAAAGGUCACAAAUCCUGGAGACAUCAAAGCCAUAUCUUCCUGUUUCGAAACAGUUCUAGAAAGUUUCGACAGUUACCUGGUGAACUUAAGCGAGAGUGAACGGGUCACUGAGACACGGCAGCUGGCCACAACUGUUGUUGAUCUUGCCAGCCAUGCCAUGCAAAACAAACAUGUUUGGGGCAAUAUAUCGAAGGAGGAGCGGCUUGACACGGCGGCCAGCCUUAUCAACAGAGUUGAAGAUAUUGUCAUCAAGAUGAUCGGAUUCAAUGCUCCACUCUUAGAUGAAACAACAAUCGGAAGCGGAAAUAUCACUAUCAAGGUAAAGCCGGUGACCGACCACGUCUUGGAAGCCGGCACCAAUCUUAGCGCCCCCACUGGGGCGACUGUACAGUUGUUUCCUGGCUUCUUGACAACAGGAACAAAAAAUGCUAACAUCAUAUUUUCUGAAAACACUCUCGUGAAAAAUAUGUUUGGCAGCACAUCGGCAAACGGGUCAGCCGACUCUCCAAUCCUGGCAACGUCUUUCGUCACUGCUUCUGUGGUGAUGGACGGCAAGCGGACUUCGCGUAUAAACGGCAACGUGAUGCUUUCCUUCAUGCUCGAAAGUAUUGGAAAAGACCUGACGCCAAAGUGCUCAUUUAUUGAACCUGAUGCUGGCGGUAGGAGCAAAUGGAGCACAGGUGGUUGCGAAGUGGCAGCCAUCACAAAUGAGAAAAUUGUAUGCUCAUGCAAUCAUCUGACCGUAUUCGCCGUUCUCAUGAAUCCUGCAGACAACUUCAGCUGCACCGACAUCGACGCACUAAAAUGGAUCACAAAGAUCGGAUGUGGCAUCUCUAUUGUUUGCCUCGUUACCUGCAUUAUUGUAUUCACCGUGUACAGGCAACUAAAGGGUAUCAGGAAUACCAUCCAUCGAAACUUAUGCUUAUCGCUUUUGUUCGCUGAAAUCCUUCUCUUGGCUGGAAUGGAGCGAAGCAUGGAGAAACAACCUGCGCACAAUGGAACUGAGUUCCAUUCCAAUGAAUGUAGAUCGGAAUCUAUGAUGAGCGACUUGUCGGCUUCAGGAAAGGUCCAAAUGAACAAUGACAGCGAAAACUUGCCGGAUGUAUCCUGCGCCAUCGUGGCCUUCUUCCUUCACUUCCUCUUCUUGUCGGUCUUCGGGUGGAUGGCAUUGGAAGGCUGCCACAUCAUCGUGCUCCUCUGGAAAGUGUUCAACCAGAAGCGCACGUACUACGAGAGGUACUACUUCGCCGGAUACGGAAUUCCCCUUUUGAUCGCAGGCAUCACUCUUGGUUGUCGAUACGAGCUGUACGUUAAGAGAAACCCAACCGAUCAGUUCUGUUGGCUUCCUGAAGAAAAAGGCGUACGGUACAGUUUUAUCGGCCCCGUGGCAGCAGUUGUACUUCUCAAUUUGGGCGCACUUGUACUGGUGCUUUGGAAAAUGUCUCACGUGCGCUGCGUAGUGGAGAGGACGACGGCAGAAAAAGUUCAGAACUGGGUGAGAGGAACCUUCAUCAUGCUGCCCAUACUGGGCAUGACCUGGCUCUUCGGUUUCCUCAUGCUUGGAGAUAAUAAGCUCCAUACGGUUGGAGCAUAUUUAUUCACAAUCUUCAAUUCCCUUCAGGGACUGGGAAUAUUUAUUUGCCACGUCGUCUUGAGCAAGAAAACAAGAGAAGCUAUAUUCAGGAGUCUUGUUUCCACGGGAAGCCUGGUGAAAGGAUCGAUGUCGUCGCGGCCAUCAGGUUCUGGAUCCUCGUCUACCAAGACCACUUGGUACCCAAUCUCCUUAUCAUCGAACUCUACUUCCCACUCCUCGUCCUCCUCUAAGGACUUCCCAUCAAACGAUGCCGAACAACCCUCGCAGUCGUUCAACACUGAAGCUACGUCGUGGACGCCCCUCCAGUGGUUGCCCGGAACCCGCUUCAGGUACAACCUGCGGCUGAAUGAGCCUGGCGCCAGGCCGCUGCGAAGCAGAGUCCGCUUCGACGGAGGGGACCAACGCGGCCAGCCUGCCCUCGCCAAGUUCCGAUUGGCCAGAAGCAUCGUUGUGUGACGGACACCGCGCGAAACCCGCACGCACCUGAGGCACCUGUUCCUGCGGCGCUGACUGGCAUAGCGGCUGCAACCUUUAUGUGACACAUUUUGCUUACAUACGGAAUUUCGCGGAAAGGUUGCGCGAAUCUUGCAUCACAGUGUUUCCGAAUGCAGUGUUCGCUGCAAAGCUUCGGCAUGAACAUAUCGGGGUUCAUCAUGAACGUUAAUUCUUUCACCCUAAGCACGUAUGCUAAGUUGUCACGUAAUUCAAAAGUAUGUUAGCGUAUUGAUUAUGCAACCAAUGUGCGGCUAGCUCUAUAGCGCUGUAACGCAACAAUAUAUUGCACUGCUUUGUCUACUCGUCGGCUUGUCGUGGACUAAAAUUGCAGUUUACUUAUUGUAAGAAGUGCAAAUAGUAGUGUGAGUAUGUGCACGACAUGCCCUUGACGAAUCAAGCUAUCAACAAGUUCGAGAAAGAGUCCUAAAUGGGCGUGAAUAUUUGGCCGAAAAGAAGAUCUGGUCGGACGCCGUUAAGAGCAGUCUUCGCACGGCCUUCCGCACGCGGGCGGACGUCCGAAAAGCUGCACAUCCACCCGUUUCGGUUUGCACAGUGUGGGUGGAAGGCCAUGCGGAUGGAACGUAAGUCGGCCCUAACAAACAGCUUUGCAGAAGGCGGAUAGCUACGAUGACUGCAAAGAUGUCAGGGCACUAAGCAGCCAUUGAUCAUGUCAUUUGGCGCCAAAUAUCUUCCGCUUAAUCCAAUAGAUAAACUCGUAAAAAGGAAUAUUGUUCGAGCUAUCUCAAAGCAUCGUGUUUGGUUGCUAAUAUCCCUGUUUGUGUAAAAGGAUAAAAUCUUUAUGAACGUGAAAAUCACGAAUUAAAACAUUUUAAUUUUUGGGCCCAGAUGAACACAUAACUGAGUUCAAGUGUGGUGCAAGACUCGCGCAUAUCAGAGCUCCCGUUUCCUGGCAACAUUUUCUUGGUACUUUAUAAUAUUAUGUCACCCGACGGGUAUUCAGCCAACAUCAUGCACAUAAAGUAGGGCAGGUAAAGUAGGGCAUUCCUUUUUGCUAAUAAUUUCUGUCAUUGACUGUGUAGGUGGAAGGAGCAAUUAUUCACACCUUGAAGUGCAUAUAAACCACCUAUCUCUCAACGUGAGCACGGGAAAAGAAGUGCGUCUAAAAAUUAUUGUUUUGUAAAGCCUUAUUUUGUGGACCUUUAGCUAGCCGUUCGAUUCACUUGCAUCAUUUACUACAGUUAGGUUACCGUAGGUUACCUAACCGUAGUUAGGUUACCGUAGUUAGGUUACCACUACUCAAUGCUUCUUUAGGAAGCAAAACAUUAAGUCAAGAAUUGCGGCUGUAAGCCGCGGUUUGUUACAUAUACCUUAUGUUUCUAAUUUGACUGUCCCUUUAUUAUAUUGCAGCACCCGUUGUAUAAACAGACUGUCACACAUUGCAAAAAGGAAACCAACAGAGUCAUUACCGCGAUGCUCACUGUGUUAUAUGUCGGCGCAAAUGACCACAAAAACACUUUGGUGUUUCAUUUGUCCAUUUGUUUUUACACGUCAUGAUACCCUCCUAACUACAAGGUUGAACAUCAACAUUUUGUGCAAAAUUUUGAACAAUGCGCAAUCUUCGUAUGAGCGCAACGUUCUGGUCAUCAUAACAGCUGUCGGACUUGGCAUAAUAUCUUAGAAGCCCUACAUGUUUUCUGUACAUAUAGGAAAUAACAAGCGGCCCUAUGUGUGAUUAAUCGUUCACGUACAAAUCUUUGAAUGUUCAUGUAACUGGCCUGAAACGUAUUUUUGUGAAUCAAAGGGUGAAUCUGUAUAUCGCAUGGUAAGUUCCAUAGUCAGCGGAAAAUUCAGUGCUUACGCAACUAAGAAAUCUUGAAUACCUUAAUUUUAAUAAGGACAGUGGUGCAUAGAGACGCUAAAGGUUACAAUAACAAAUUUGUUCACAAUAACCGAAACGAAGUUUUAUAUGCUAUCAUGACCUGGCUCGUUGAUUUGUUCGUAGCAUCGUCUUAAUUUUUACGGCACUACCGGGUCAGCCUUGCUGAAUUUCACUCAAAUUUCCUCCCGGUGCAUUCUACAAUAAAAUGUGUGACCGAAAACUUCCUGAGUGCUCGCGUUUUAGGAUUUAAAAAAAUUUGAACGGGCAAAAUGAGCCUAAAUACUACAAAACAUAUUUGAAACACACUCAGAGGCGCGUGCACUGCGCCAUUGCUGUGUUACAAUGCAGAAACUUCCUUUCGUCAAAUCGAGCAAUAGAACCCGUCCUACUCCGAUGUGUGUGAUGUUGGCUCAGAGUCUGCAGUACGUUUUCUUUUGAGGGAUGGUGAGCAACCGCAAAAAUACCUACUUUGCGUGACAAAGCAAACUGGUAAUGUGGCCAGCGAGUGCAAGAACAGUAACCUCGAUGCAUAUUCAGGGUGUGGGACCAGGUAGCUUAAGCAAGCGUUACUCUUCACUACGUUCCUAAAACAUAAUUAGUCGAUACCGGCUUAUAUCAAAUGAAAUCAAGUUGUUUUAUUUGCUUCGAUCAUGGUUUUGCAGUCAGCGUGCUCUGGACUACAAAUUUCGCGUGAGUACUGUCUUUCUCAGAUAUUUGCUGAUGCAACGCUGGUGCAUGUUCUGACAAGGUUCAUUUUAAUUCACUGCCAGCAUACUAGGAAAGACAAAUCCAAAGAAACUGACCAGUGUACCGAGGUCCAACAAGAAUGUUCCUUUCCUCGCUUUCCGCCAUAAUUAUAUACCGAUCAAUAAAAUAAAGAGAAGAAAAAAAACAUUCUUUUUUUCUGGCAAUAAGAACCAGCACCGGCGAACAGAGACCAUUGAAGGGCGUGCGUGCGGGCUAAGUAGUGGGGGGGCGUGCGACUGAUAAUUUGUAUGCCAGAAACGCACAAAUGUCCUCCGUGCGUGAGGAGCACUAUGUAAUAGGUCAAGCGGCAGGAACACCUGGUAGGCUAAGACAGCUUGAUUGCCCCCUUAUGCCGAUAGCUAUUGGCAAAGAGGAAAUCAAAACAAAGAUGUUUUCUCUACCUCUUUCCUGCGGUAUUCUUCAGGACCAAAUUCAGCGGGUUCCAGAUAAGCUUCACACUGAAUUCCAGCCCCUCAUAACGCAUAGGCUGCUGUUUACAGGCGAACUUCUGCCACACAUUUUUUUUCAUCCAAGGCUUAAUCAUAAGAUGACAUUUUCUUGAGUUCUAGCCUACCUUCAGUCAUUGUCCUACCUACGUAAGCAUUCUACGCACGAAAGUGCGAUUAAAUGUUUUAGAGGAUCUAUUUGUUUUCCUUUUGUCACUUUUGUCAGCAUAAGCAUGGCUUAGUUAUUAAACAAGAAAGUAUAUUUGAAAUGAAUUUGAAUAAACACGCCACAACUCGAACCCAGAGUUCCUCGAAGCCAUUCUACGAGCGCGCUCAAUUUCCGUUCACCUCCGAGGCAGCACUAGUCAGGGCUCAGUCCUUACUUUAAUUAAAUCAUGUGUUCUUCGCUUAUUUUCUUCGUCAUCAGUGAGCAUGGCCACUUUGUUGAAAUGUAAAUACUUACAUAACAUGACUCCACUUCUCUGACUGAUGUGUAGCAAAUCAGUAACGUUAAAUAUGACGGAACCUUACCGUGAGGUUCGUGUCUAUAGGUAUGGUGUGCUAGUCAAUUUCUGCUUUUAUUGUUUGUCCUUGCACUUCCUUGCGUUUUCCGGGCGCAGCCAUCGACUCUGAUGUAUUUGUGAUGUGUAGCUCCUAAGUUCUCAUCUGUUCAUUAAGCUCACACUGAAAAAUAAAGUUCAUCCGUUUUGUGUCA